AUGGAGUCGGGCCUGGGGGCCUCUCCUGGCAGGGCCCUGGGGCACAACUGGACGCAGGUGGAGGUGUUCGUCCUGCAGGGCUUCUCCGAGCACCCUGAGCUGCGGCUGCCCCUGCUGGGCUGCUUCCUGGCCCUGUACACCCUGGCGCUGGCGGGCAACGCCGUCAUCAUUGUGCUGAUCAGCUGCAGCGCCAGCCUGCACAGCCCCAUGUACUUCUUCCUGUUCAACCUGGCCUCCAUGGACGUCAUCUGCACCUCGUCCGUGCUGCCCAAGACGCUGGUGGGCCUGGUGUCAGAGACGGAGAAUACCAUCUCCUUCCAGGGGUGCAUGGCCCAGCUCUUCUUUCUCGCCUGGUCAGCGUCUGCAGAUCUACUGCUGCUCACAGUCAUGGCCUAUGACCGCUACGUGGCCAUCUGCCACCCGCUGCACUACAGCUCCAUCAUGAGCCCACAGCUGUGUGGGGUAAUGGCUGCAGCCGUCUGGACCAUUUGUGCCAUCAACGCUUCCGUGCACACCGGGUUGAUGGCGCGUCUGAUCUUCUGUGGCUCCAACCUCAUCACACACUUCUUCUGCGAGAUCCCCCCGCUACUCCUGCUCUCCUGCAGCUCCACCUUCAUCAACAGCAUCAUGACGGUCCUGGCCGACGCCUUCUAUGGGGUCAUCAACUUCAUGCUCACGCUGGGGUCCUACGGCUUCAUCAUCGCCAGCAUCCUGCGCAUCCGCUCGGCCGAGGGCAAGCGGCGAGCCUUCUCCACCUGCUCCUCCCACCUGCUGGUGGUCUCCUUCUACUACUCAGCCGUGUUCUGUGCCUACAUCAGCCCGGCCUCCAGCUAUGAUUCUGAUAGAAGUAAAGUGUUCUCAGUAAUGUACACGAUGGUGGGCCCUGCCCUGAACCCACUCAUCUACUCUCUGCGGAAUGCUGAGGUUAAGCAGGCCCUGAGGAGACUCCUUAAUCUCUGCAGGCGCUAACACCAUGUGCAAGUCCUUCUUCCAGUCGGAUCCCCACCCCUGGAUCUACCUGAGACCAGGCUUUUAGA